GCACAUUUCUUGUGAAAGAGUUGUGAUCUUACUUUCUGUUCAACAUUCCUCAUGAGUUGCUGACAAGAUGACUUUAACAGUGAUUUUACUAGUCCUCACUGGGAUCAUCUACACAGACACAAAGAUUGUUCACGUGGACGUUCAUGCGUCUGGAUGCUCAGACACAGAUGCACAGGACAUGUAUGGACUGGAUGGGGAAGAGCUCGCACACGCAGACUGGAAGGCUCAAAAGUAUGUGAUGACACUGCCUGAGUUUGCUGAUCCAUUUGUGUAUCAGGAGGGGACAUAUGAGGCAGCAGUUGCUAACCAGCAAGUCUGCAAGUCGAACUUGGCAGUAGCCAUACAAGCUUAUAAAAACCCACCAGUGGCAGAGGCUCCUCCCAUGAGCUCCAUCUACCCCAGAGGUGAGGUGAAGAUCGGCCAGCAGAACGCUCUCAUCUGCUCCAUCGGUGGGUUCUACCCUCCCCGGCUCAACGUGACGUGGACCAGGAACACCGGGGUGGUGACUGAGGGAGUGAGCACCAGCCAGCUGCGGGUGAAUGUGAAGGACGGCACCUACAGCCUGUUCUCCAGCCUGCAGAUCACCCCUCAGAAGGGAGACAUCUACACCUGCACUGUGGCACACCAGGCACUGGAGCGGCCCAUGACAAGAGUGUUCGAUGUUGAGGGGUCUGAGGUGUCUAAGCUCGGUCUCAGUCUGCCAGCAGUGUUCUGUGUGGUGGGUCUGAUCGUGGAGAUGCUGGGUAUGGCUACCGGACUCUUCUUCUUCGUCAAGGCCAGAUAGCGCAGCUGAAACUGCAUCCCAUUGUGGACACCACUGCAGAGUCAGCUGGACUUUCAGGAAGAGACGUCAUUUGUUUAGAAUGUGUCACAAUAAAGAGUGAAUGGACA